AUGGAUGCUGCGGGAAGGGGCUGCCAUUUGCUGCCCCUGCCAGCGGCGCGCGGACCUGCUCGCUCUCCCGCAGCGGCGGCCGCCGCCCGCGCCGUCAGCCGGCCCGGCCUCUGCAGCGCCGCCGCCUCGGCUCCCUCCGCGGCCGCCGGAGCGGUCGCCAUGAACCCCAGCUCCUCGGCGGGAGAGGAGAAGGGGGCGACGGGCGGCAGCAGCGGCGGCGGAAGCGGCGCCGGGAGCUGCUGCCUGGGCGCCGAGGGCGGCGCGGAGCCGCGGGGCGCGGGGGCAGCGGCGGCGGUGGGGGCCGCUGCCCUGGAAGAGCCCGCGGCCGCCGGCCCGAAGGAGAAGGACGAGGCGCUGGAGGAGAAGCUGAGGAACUUAACUUUCCGGAAGCAGGUCUCUUACAGGAAAGCCAUCUCCCGGGCAGGCCUACAGCACCUGGUUCCCGCACAUGCCCUCAGCCUCCCCAUGGCAAACGGCCCGGCGAAGGAGCCCAGAGCGACUCUGGACUGGAGCGAGAAUGCCGUGAACGGAGAGCACCUGUGGCUGGAGACCAACGUCUCAGGAGACCUGUGUUACCUGGGAGAGGAGAACUGCCAAGUCAGAUUUGCAAAAUCGGCCCUGAGGAGGAAGUGUGCGGUCUGUAAGAUCGUCGUCCACACCGCCUGCAUUGAACAGCUAGAAAAGAUUAAUUUCAGAUGUAAACCAACAUUUCGAGAAGGGGGCUCAAGAUCACCGAGAGAAAACUUUGUGCGUCAUCACUGGGUACACCGGCGUCGGCAGGAGGGAAAAUGUAAGCAGUGUGGUAAGGGCUUCCAGCAAAAAUUCUCCUUCCACAGUAAAGAGAUUGUGGCCAUCAGCUGCUCCUGGUGCAAGCAGGCGUUUCACAAUAAGGUGACCUGCUUCAUGCUGCAUCACAUUGAGGAACCCUGCUCCCUGGGGGCUCAUGCUGCUGUCAUUGUCCCGCCCACCUGGAUCAUUAAGGUGAAGAAACCUCAGAACUCGCUAAAGGCUUCGAAUCGGAAGAAGAAGAGGACCAGCUUUAAAAGGAAAGCCAGUAAAAGAGGGACAGAACAGGAAAACAAAGGUCGUCCUUUUGUGAUAAAACCUAUCUCUUCUCCUCUCAUGAAACCAUUGCUUGUGUUUGUGAACCCCAAGAGCGGAGGCAACCAGGGAACCAAAGUCCUGCAGAUGUUCAUGUGGUACCUGAAUCCACGGCAGGUGUUUGAUCUUUCUCAGGAGGGGCCCAAAGAUGCGCUUGAGUUGUAUAGGAAAGUACCAAAUCUGCGAAUUCUGGCGUGUGGUGGGGAUGGAACGGUGGGCUGGAUCCUUUCUAUUCUGGAUGAACUACAGCUGAGCCCUCAGCCUCCCGUCGGGGUCCUUCCUCUGGGGACUGGGAACGACCUGGCCCGAACUCUCAACUGGGGAGGGGGCUACACUGAUGAACCUGUCUCUAAGAUCCUUUGCCAAGUAGAAGAUGGGACAAUUGUACAGCUAGAUCGCUGGAACCUCCAUGUAGAAAGAAACCCAGACUUGCCUCCAGAAGAACUUGAAGAUGGCGUCUGUAAGCUUCCUCUGAAUGUUUUCAAUAAUUACUUCAGCCUUGGAUUCGAUGCCCACGUCACACUGGAGUUCCAUGAAUCCAGAGAAGCAAAUCCAGAGAAAUUUAAUAGUCGUUUUCGAAAUAAAAUGUUCUAUGCAGGGGCAGCUUUUUCUGAUUUCCUACAAAGAAGUUCUAGAGAUCUAUCCAAACAUGUUAAAGUUGUUUGUGAUGGAACAGAUCUCACUCCAAAGAUUCAGGAACUGAAGUUCCAGUGUAUAGUAUUUUUAAAUAUACCCAGAUACUGUGCCGGCACAAUGCCCUGGGGGAACCCAGGAGAUCACCAUGACUUUGAACCUCAGCGUCAUGAUGAUGGUUAUAUUGAAGUCAUUGGAUUCACUAUGGCCUCUUUGGCUGCCCUGCAAGUUGGAGGCCAUGGGGAAAGGCUACACCAGUGUCGGGAGGUCAUGCUGCUCACUUACAAGUCCAUCCCCAUGCAAGUGGACGGGGAGCCCUGUCGGUUGGCCCCAGCUAUGAUUCGGAUCUCCUUGAGGAAUCAAGCCAACAUGGUACAGAAGAGCAAGAGGAGAACAUCCAUGCCUUUACUCAAUGAUCCCCAGUCUGUCCCAGACCGCCUGAGGAUCCGGGUGAACAAAAUCAGUUUACAAGACUAUGAAGGAUUCCACUAUGACAAAGAGAAACUUCGGGAAGCUUCUAUCCCUCUGGGUAUUCUAGUUGUGCGUGGAGACUGUGAUUUGGAGACUUGCCGUAUGUACAUAGACCGCCUACAGGAGGACCUGCAGUCAGUUUCUUCUGGCUCCCAGAGAGUUCAUUACCAGGACCACGAGACCUCCUUCCCCAGGGCACUCUCAGCUCAGAGACUCUCACCACGGUGGUGCUUUCUAGACGCAACUUCUGCUGAUCGCUUUUACCGAAUAGACAGAUCUCAGGAACAUUUGCACUUUGUGAUGGAGAUUUCCCAAGACGAGAUUUUUAUUCUGGACCCAGAUAUGGUGUUGUCACAGCAGGCGGGGACACCUCCAGGAAUGCCCGACCUGGUCGUGGAGCAGGCCUCGGGAAUGUCCGACUGGUGGAACCCCGCCCUACGGAAGCGCAUGCUGAGCGACAGCGGGCUGGGAACUGGAACCCCGGAGUAUGACAACUCAGAUUUGAGAGACUUCAGCCACUCCCGUGUGCUACAGUCACCAGUCUCUUCAGAAGAUCACGCAAUUUUGCAGGCAGUAAUAGCUGGUGAUCUUAUGAAGCUAAUGGAAAGCUAUAAAAAUGGAGGCAGUCUGCUAAUUCAGGGCCCGGACCACUGCUCCCUCCUUCACCACGCAGCCAAAACCGGCCACGGGGAGAUCGUGAAAUAUAUCCUGGACCACGGACCUUCUGAGUUAUUGGAUAUGGCAGACAGCGAAACGGGUGAGACCGCACUGCACAAGGCUGCCUGCCAGCGGAACCGGGCUGUGUGCCAGCUUCUGGUGGACGCGGGAGCAUCUCUGAGAAAGACGGACUCCAAGGGUAAGACACCUCAAGACAGAGCCCAGCAGGCUGGAGACCCAGACUUGGCUGCUUACCUAGAAAGCCGCCAGAACUAUAAGAUCAUUGGCCAUGAGGACCUGGAAACUGCUGUUUGACGCUGGUAGAUCGCAAAGAGAACCUGAGCAAGUGUAUCACCUGUGCCCUCCCGGCAAUUGGGCAGCUCCCCUGGAAGAAGCUGUUGGAAUCCACAAAGAUGUCUUUCUCUGUAAGAAUCUAUCUGAGACCAUGCCACCAGUUGUUAAGGGCUACCAGACAUACAACAGAACACGAUAGCCCGCUGAGGAAGAGGCAGGAUACCUGGAGAUUUGUGGAAUACAUAUUCCACAAAAUUUGAUCCUUAUUGCUUCCAGCAAGUAGCAUGAACUGCUGUGUUCACCUGUAUAAUUUAUUUUCGAGAUUCACAGGAUGUUCGUACAAAUGGCACCGCUCCCUCCUCCCCCAUGCAUUCACGAUUCCUCUGUACCACACAAUUCUACUGCAACUACCCACCAUUCCAAAAAAAAAAAAAA